UCGUUCGUUUGCUAGUUUUCCGUUUUAUGAAAAUUCAUACGUAUGUAUAUGAUGUUCGCCGCUUGUAGUCAAAGGAAACUUCGCAUUUUCUUGCAGUAACAAUAACAAAGACGCAAAAACGAAAUUCGCGCAAAUUCGCGUAAUCAACGUCGACGUAGACGCCGUACAAACCAAAACAAAGCGGCUCGUAAAUUUGUUCAAGAGCCACCACUGCAGCAACAACAACAUUUAGCAAAGCGUGCAAAAAAAAAAACGAUUACAAAACACAUACCAAAAGACACAUACAUACAUAUAUUAGUACAUAUAUAGUGUAUAGGAAUAAAAUUCGCAAUGCUGGCAAAAAUGAAUAAAAUAAAAUACUCGUGAAUAAAGUCUGAACUAUUCUUGACGAUCGUCGCCGAUUUGUGGUAGGUAAUGCACCAUUUUGCAAUCUUGUCACGUAGAAAGCGAAACACCAACAUCAACAACAUUAACAUAAUAAGAUUUAUACAUUUAUACAAUAACAAAACAAAGCUACAACAAGCACGUUUUGCCAACAUUGCAACAACAAUACAAGCGAUUGCCCACAACAACAAUUACAACAAUAAACUGCUCUACAACAAAUAAUAACAAAGAUAAUAUUAUUGCUAACAAUAAUAUUUUUAAACCGUUAAAUAUUAAAUUUUAACAACAAUUGCAACACAUACCACUAACCGACUACGCCAUGGAACCAACCAAAAAUCUCAUGAAACAGUCGAAAGAUGUGGAAUUCCAGGACCUGUAUUAUUCCGUCAAAGAGCGCAAAAAUUUCUUUCGAGUAACCGGCCAGCGGAAUAUACUAACCGGCCUGAGUGGUAGCUUCCGAAAUGGUCAACUAUCCGCCAUCAUGGGCCCAUCGGGGGCCGGCAAGAGCAGUUUGCUGAAUGCGAUUUCGGGUUUCAGGACAAACGGUGUGAACGGUAGCAUUAAAAUGAAUCGAAGAGAUGCCUGCUACAUAACGCAGGACGAUCAUCACCAGACUCUGCUGACUGUGGAAGAAUUAAUGAAUCUCUCCUGUGAUCUAAAGCUGAAGGACCGCCAAAACAAGUCCCAGCUGGUAACGGAAAUUCUAGAUAACCUUAAUCUAAGCCAUCGUCGCAAUGUGACGGCGGAAAAACUGAGCGGUGGUGAGCGAAAGCGUCUCUCCAUUGCGCUGGAGUUGGUCGACAAUCCAAACAUAUUCUUUCUGGACGAGCCCACCAGUGGACUUGAUGAGGUGACGGCGGCGCAGUGUAUUCGUUUACUUAGCGCCCUUGCCAAGGAAGGGCGCACAAUUGUGUGCACCAUACACCAGCCGUCGGCGACAAUUUUCAACUAUUUCGACAGUAUCUAUGUGCUUGCCAAGGGCCAGUGCGUCUAUCAGGGAAGUCCACGCGCCACCAUACCCUUUCUCCAUCUAGCCAAUCUCGACUGUCCGCGGCACUAUAGCCCCUCUGACUACAUAAUCGAACUGGUGGAUGCAGAUGAAGGCCGGCUAGUGCCGAUGCUCAGCGAACUCACGGACAAUGGCAAGCUGAUAUAUACGGCCAAGCAGCUGGACAUCGUGGAAUCGCAACUCGAGUUCCAUCAGGCCAUCACCACAAUGUUCGUGGAACAGCCAAAACGCCAGAUCUUGCCCCCAUUUUUCACCGGCAGUGCUGCCUCUACAGAUGGAACGCUUAUGGGUGGCGCCAGCGCUUUCCUCGAACAGAUGAAGGCCUUCUCCAGGCGACUGUACUAUGAUCGUCGCGAUAUUUCGAGUUGGCAACAGUUCUUGGUUCUAAUGCGUGUUAUGAUGCUGCGCAUUUUACGGGCACGCCUCGCACUUACUAUUCAAUUGUUUCAUCACACGCUGUGCGGCCUCUUCUUCGGCCUCAUCUUCUUCCAAUUGGGUAAUCAGGGUGCUCGGAUGUUCGAUCAUCUGAAAUUCUGCAUUGGUGCCGUCUUGAUGAUUGUCUACACGCAGGUGAUGGUGCCCAUCCUAAGUUAUCCGGCCGACGUCAAGGUGGUUAAGAAGGAGACCUUCAACCGCUGGUACACCCUAACACCGUACUAUUUGGCGUUAACGUUCUCCCGCUUGCCGCUUCAGAUAAUUCUGAACAUUACAUUCAUGGCGGUUACGUAUUGGAUGUCCGGGCUGCCUGAUCAGUGGUGGCGCUUUUGCAUUUUUGUUGCCGUAGGUCUGAUGAUCUCGCUAGUGGCUGAGGGCAUGGGUCUGGCGAUUGGUGCUACAUUUAGCAUAACAAACGGUAGUGUGGUGGGUCCCAUGAUUAUAGCACCUCUGAUGGGGUUGGCCGUCUAUGGGUUCGAUUUUGCGCCCCAAAUCUCGACUGGCAUGAACCUGCUGAUGAAGUUCAGUUACGUGCGUGUUGGUGUCGUCGCAAUGGUGUUGGCUGUUUUCGGAUUUCAACGCGAAGAGUUGGACUGUGAUGAGAUCUACUGCCACUUUAGCGAUCCUCGCGUGCUGCUUAAGUUUCUCGACGUGGAGAAGGUAUCCAUACUGCACCAGUUCGGGCUGCUGGCCAUGCUCAUGUUCUUCUUUCGCAUCCUGAUGUACAUCAGUCUGCGAAAACGGUGCUACACAUAACCUGGCCAAGUCCUGUGCCAAGCCGCUACUGGAAUCGAAUAAAUCUUAUGUAUCUUUAGUAGUCUUAACUAAAGCCAAUGC